CCCUCCCCUCCCCACCUUUGUUUUCGCCUUACGUCUGCUCUUCGGGAGGAAGGCGGUUCCUGGGGGCGAUGACGUCAGGUCCCUCAGUGUGGAAAGGCGGGGCCCAGGCCAACGGAGGAGAGCAAAGAUGGCGGCGGAGGCGGCCGCUGCCUCAGGAGCGCCGGAGGAGGCUGCGGGGCCACAGCGGGCGACGACGGCCGCGCGAGGGCAUUCCUGAAAAGGGGGGAAAAAGGGCCGGAAUCGUGCGCGGAAGAAGAGAUUCAAGGACUGGGGGGGGCUCAUGCGCCGCGGAGGUCGCCUCCGUCGCCCGCACCUCAAGCACCGACAUCCCAGCCGGCUCUGAGGCGACCGAGCGAGGCUGAGAAGUAAAGCAGGCGAGGCUCGGAAGCCUUAACGGGGAGGCGGCGGCGGCGGCGGCAGCAUGAAGUUCGCCGAGCACCUUUCCGCACACAUCACUCCGGAGUGGCGGAAGCAAUACAUCCAGUAUGAGGCUUUUAAAGAAAUGCUGUAUGCUGCUCAGGACCAGGCGCCUUCUAUAGAAGUCACAGAUGAAGAUACUGUAAAGAGAUAUUUUGCCAAGUUUGAAGAAAAGUUUUUCCAAACUUGUGAGAAGGAGCUUGCCAAAAUCAACACAUUUUAUUCAGAAAAACUGGCCGAAGCUCAGCGCAGAUUUGCUACACUACAGAAUGAAUUGCAAUCAACUUUGGAUGCACAAAAGGAAACCAGUGGUGUUACUACCCUGCGGCAACGUAGAAAGCCAGUCUUCCAUCUGUCUCAUGAGGAACGUGUUCAUCAUAGGAACAUCAAAGACCUGAAACUGGCCUUCAGCGAGUUCUACCUCAGCCUCAUCUUACUGCAGAAUUAUCAGAAUCUAAAUUUCACAGGAUUCCGUAAGAUUUUGAAGAAACAUGAUAAGAUCCUGGAGACACCACGAGGAGCUGAUUGGAGAGUGGCUCAUGUUGAAGUGGCUCCUUUCUAUACUUGCAAGAAAAUCAAUCAGCUCAUCUCUGAAACAGAGACAGUGGUAACCAAUGAAUUGGAAGAUGGUGACCGACAGAAAGCCAUGAAACGAUUACGUGUCCCACCACUAGGGGCAGCACAGCCUGCACCAGCAUGGACAACUUUCAGGGUCGGAUUGUUCUGUGGAAUAUUCAUUGUGCUAAAUAUCACCCUCAUUCUUUCAGGUGUGUUUAAAAUGGAUGCAUCAAAUGUGUGGCCACUGAUAAGAAUCUAUCGAGGGGGCUUUCUUCUGAUAGAAUUCCUUUUUCUCCUUGGCAUUAACACAUAUGGCUGGAGGCAAGCUGGAGUGAAUCAUGUUCUCAUCUUUGAGCUUAAUCCCCGCAGUAAUUUAUCCCAUCAGCAUCUUUUUGAGAUUGCUGGAUUCCUUGGAAUGCUAUGGUGUCUGAGUUUGUUGGCAUGCAUCUAUGGAGAUAGCACUGGAUUUCCCAUGCAGGCAAACCCACUUAUCUUGUAUGGAUUUAUGCUGCUGUUCCUUAUCAAUCCUACAAAAACCUUCUACUACAAGUCUCGAUUUUGGCUGCUUAAACUCUUGUUUCGGGUAUUCACUGCCCCCUUCCAUAAGGUGGGUUUUGCAGAUUUUUGGCUCGCCGACCAGCUUAAUAGUCUGGCUGUAAUACUUAUGGACCUCGAAUACAUGAUCUGCUUCUAUAGUUUUGAGCUCCAGUGGAAAGCUAAAGAUGCAUUGCUGGAAGAUCCAGGCGUUCAUAUUUGCAACACCUAUGCUUAUGGUGUGCGUGCAGUUGUUCAAUGCAUUCCUGCUUGGCUGAGAUUUGUCCAGUGCCUGCGCCGAUACCGUGAUACUAAGCGAGCCUUUCCCCAUCUGGUUAAUGCUGGGAAAUACUCCACCACAUUUUUUAUGGUGACAUUUGCAGCCCUUUACAGCACCCACAAAGUUCAAAAACACAACGACUACCAAGUAUUCUUCUAUUUGUGGAUUGUCUUCUACUUCAUUAGUUCCUGCUAUACUCUUAUCUGGGACUUGAAGAUGGACUGGGGUCUUUUUGACAAGAACGCCGGUGAAAAUACUUUCCUCCGGGAAGAGAUUGUAUACCCACAAAAAGCCUAUUACUAUUGUGCCAUUGUAGAGGAUGUGAUUCUACGUUUUGCGUGGACUAUCCAGAUUUCUCUGACUACCAUGGAAAUUCAUCCUUUUGCUGGUGACAUCAUUGCUACUGUAUUUGCACCACUAGAGGUUUUCCGGCGGUUUGUGUGGAAUUUCUUCCGAUUAGAGAAUGAGCAUCUGAAUAACUGUGGUGAGUUCCGAGCUGUCCGGGAUAUUUCAGUGGCACCACUGAAUGCAGAUGAUCAGACCCUGCUUGAACAGAUGAUGGACCAGGAGGAUGGUGUCCGAAACCGCCAGAAAAAUAGAGCUUGGAAGCGUAGCCAGAGUGUGUCUUUGCACAGACCACAACUUGCUUCACAGUCAAAGAUUCAUGACACCAAAGUAUUAAUAGAAGACACAGAUGAUGAAGCAAACACAUGAACUGUCCCCAGAGUCAAGUUCCGCAUCCCUCAUGUUCUUUUGAUUUAUUACCUUCCCAACCGCAACAGCCACCCAGUCCAUCCUCUGGUAUAGUUCCAGCUAAAAACAGGAGAAAAAUCCGAACACAUUUUCUGAGCUCUUCCGGACUGGUUCCUAUGGACUCCAACAAGCUCACUGUGUUUUCCUUUCUUUUCUUCUGGUUUUAAUUUGAUUUCUUGUUUUAAAAAAAUAUAAAAUCUAACUUUGUUUUGCCAAUCAGAGGGACAUUUAAGGAAGGAGCUGUCUUAAGGAUUGUUUACAAUCUCUUCAAGGACAUACAAUCUGGAUGAAGAAGCAUCAUUUUGGACUCCCUAACGGGGACUUUUACUGAGAAAUCAUUCGGUCUCUGCUCAGUCCAGUUUUUACUGGUUGAAACUGGACCAGCAUUUUUAACUCUGGCUCGCGCUCUCUGGUUUUUUGGUGUUUUCUUUCAUAUCCAGCGCCAACGCACUAGCUGCACUUGCCGGGAAAGUGCACUUAGAGCAGUACCUUCAUUCACGAAGCUACUUUUUAAUUUGGUGUUUAACUUUCUUAUUAUUAUUUUUUUGAAAUAUGAUGUAUUUGUUGCACAUAGUUUUCAUAUUAUUUAUGAUAGUUAACCUUAUGAGAAUGGUUUUCUGAGUCCUGUGCAAUGAAGGUGGUAACUCUUUUAAAAAGAAAAAAAAAAGGCAAGUGGUUGGGGAGAAGGGGAUGUAGAUCCUGGAUCUCUCUCUCGCUGCAAGGUUAAGCCCUUUAAAAUACCUCUUUGAGAGAACUUGCACCAGCUUAACCUGAUUAAUUUUUUUUUUAUUUUUUUCUUCUUCUUAUUGAUUGAUUUUAAGCCAAAGUCGCUCUGUUGAGUUUUAUUGCUGCUGCUGCUGCUGGUCCCGUAGAAAUCUUGUCACCUUCCUUAGCUGGAUCUUCUUUUGUACGUGUGCCUCCACAGAAAUAAUAACCACGAUCUCCAGAUUUCUGUUGGAAAAAAAGAAUCUAGAGAUAAUCCGAUGUAGUCCGUCAGAUAUCCAUGCAAGAAAAGCCUUAGUUUGUACAUUUAAGAAUGGUUUUCAUUUUAGUGAGCUGAGUCUCCAGGACAUCAUCCCAUUUUUAAAUAGGGAGUUCCUGUAUGUAUGGUUCAUUCACUUCAGCUAAAAAAUAGAGAAAAAUAAAACUGAUUGAGACAGAGGUCUGUCUUGUAGUGAAUAUAGGAUUACUUAUUCAGCAGUAUAUAUACUGGGUUCAGGCAGACACUCAACAGCUUGUCAUUUCUGUCAUCCGGAGACUGUGUAGUCUCUAAAUAUUGAGAAAGUUGGUAUUGCUAUAGAAAGGGCUCUUUAAUUUUUUCAAUAAAUAAAAUAUUUUGCCGUACUUUGGCAAAAACUUGACUGACAAUCACUGUCCAAGAACAUCCUCAGGUUAACUUUUGUUUCAUUUUUUAAACCUACCUGCCCCAAGUCCUAGAUUUCCAGUGUGGUGCUAGGCCCGACUUUUACAAGCAUUAUGAGUGGCACUGCUAAUUGGACUUACGGUAGAUGAUCAUACACUUUAGUAAACCCUUUUAAAAAAAAUGUUUAUCAGUUGAUUAUUAUUUUUUUUUAAUUCCAUAUUGGCCUCCAGCAUCCAUAGGAUAGAGCAGCAUGAAUGCUUAAGAUGACCACUCCCUCUCCUUGUAGUAGAAAGCCUGUGUUGUGUAUGCCAAGCAUUUGUACUUCAUAUUAGCAAAUGAAAGCUUAUCGUACUCUGUUACACAAUGUGUGCAUUUGUGAGGUCACCACCCUAUGAUGGGAGAAGCUAUUUCAGAUUUUCUUAAGUCUGAUACUGAUAUAGGAUUUCACAGCAAGGACUGUGUUGUUCUUGUUUAGGUUUUUAGAUGGUGUUAGUUCCUUUCUCCUGUACAAUCUCCUUUGGUUUGCAAAUCACAAGCAUUUUAAGCAAAGAGGAUUCCUCUUUUAUCUUCCCCCCCCCCUUUCGUUUCCAAGUUAAUAAUCUUGUCUAUAAUAAUUUAUUUCCUUAUUUUUAUCUUUCAAGCCAUUCACAAGACUUACUUUGUAAAGCAACUGUGACUUAAAAAUAGUAUGCAUAAUGUGCCUGUAGCCAUAAGGAACUAGACAACAAAUUCCUGGCAAGACAAAUGAACUACAAAUCAGGACCCCUUGACAGGCAAGAGAGCUGUAGAAUGAAACUUUAAAUCACAGUUAUUUUUUAUUGUGCUUUAACUUGGUAGAAGAUUUAGGACAUUGUGGUCGUAAUGCAAGUAGAUCUUGGAGUUGUACAUUAUUUGUGCUUCUGCAGUGUAGCAGUUAUUGCUUGGUAUUCUAGUACCAGGCUGUUCUAGUAGAAAAGUUGGAUUUUGGAGUCCCACUAAGCUGUUUUGUAACAAAAUGAGUCUGAAAUUCAAUGAGAGGUGGGGUUUUUUUUACAUAUUAUAAUAGACUACUACUGAACUUUAUGUGAAUAAUGGCAACUACUUACACAUUCAGUUAAACAAAUAUGAGAGGUCAUUCUACCUAAGGAAUGUUAAUCUGAAUAAAUCAUGCGUCCUCUAAAUUCUUCCAGCCAAAGACAUAUAACAGGGAAAGAUUUAUUCAGGAUAUACUGAAGAAUUCUGACAUUUGAGGUUUAAGCAGAAGGAAUAACCUGAUGGUGGAAAUUUAGAAGUACCAGCAAUCUGAAAUAAUUUGCCUAUCAGAUUAGGAAGAUUAUAUAUGCCACAAUCAAUAUUUUUUCAUACCACCAUCAUCUGACUGAAAAAGAUCACUGCCUUGUGCACAACACAACAUUUUACACGGAGGUAUUAAGUGAAGUUCCAGAUUUAAAUUUAUAUUUAGGGAACUUGACUAACUUUCAUAAAUUGUAUGUUGAGGUUUCUUGUUUUUUUGAAUCUAUGUAAUGAUUAGCCAAGUUCAUUAACUAAGCUUCCCCUCCCCUCCAGGGUGCUGUCAUCAAAAAGUCCUAGAUUGAAUUGAAUUAUAUAUUUGGGGAAAAAUGUGUGUCCUAAAGAAUUAGUGCUUGGUAGCCCGAUUUAAGAAAUUGAGACCUUUUAAUGUAAAGUUUCAUCUCCAGAGUUCACUUUAUUUUCCCGUAGGUGGUUAGUGCAGAAUUGUUCGUUAAAACCAGUCUACCUGAAUUUCUUGUGUAGAAAGCUUUUAGAAUCACUAAAAUGGAAUAUUGAAAUAGCUAGGAUACUGCUUCCAUUUUCCUGAAGUAUAAAGAAAUGCCAUGUAACUAGCAAAAAAAUAUUCAGAAGAUUUUUUUUUUUUCCCUCACAGAGUUUAAGACCUGAAAGAAGAGUUGAUGCUUUUGGCUUUUACACUUGGCCUUUUCCAUGUCUGGCAAAUGGAUUUAAUGUAGCGUUACAUAAUGGUUAGAUUUUCUUUGCCCUAAAUAACGGGGGGGAUAAAAGAAAGCUAUAUGAACCUCUUGGAAAUUAAUGACUUUCUUAAGCGGUUAACUAUUUUAGAAAUGGAAUGGAAUUGACGCUCUGCCAAGAAUACUUUUAGAAGCAUCUUUGUGAGGUUAUGCAGAAGUACUUUGCUGCUUUUUGGUCUCUUUCAAAGUAGUUUUUCUUUGUUUUGUCAGAGAAGAUGAAUUUGUUAUAUUUGAAUUAAAGUAUCUCCCUUGCUCUUUCUCCAUUCUCUAUAAAGGUUACAGAGUUGUGGAGGGUAGGAAUCCUGCAAUGAGUUUAGGCUUUAUUCUGAGCAGUAAAAAAAAAAAACGCCUCCUUUAUUUUCAUUCUUUGCUUUUUAUUACCUGAUUUCUUUAUUUUUUUUUGAUUGACAGAAGCAAGUGUGCUUUGUAGGAAACUGAAAAGCUCGCAUAUUGGAAGUUAAAAGCAUGUGUU